UUCUUGUAAAGUGGUUUUGAGUUCAUUAGGCUGAUUAAUGUGUUUAAGGAUGGCGACUCCGUUCGCUUGUUUUAAGAUGCGAUCAUGAAUCCGACAAACACACCCACGCAUCGGUGAGGUAAGCUUAUUCUUUCAUUUUCCAAACGAAAUUUCCAUAAAUACUUGUCUUGCCACCAAGACCAUUCCUCGAGUUAAAACACGAAAGAUAAUGGCUGGCACAGCCUCUACUCCUGUUUCUCCUGUUUCUUCUGGAUCUUCUGUGCUAAAUGUAUCAGAGGAGAAAACGAAUGGCACGAAGCUAAUGCGACUGCUGGUUGACGGAGGAACACACGUUCUUCGCAAUUUAUUGCAUUCUGUCCACCCAACGGAUAAAUUACAAGUCGUAUUAAAUAACAACAAGGCAAAGCUUCAAUUGCUAAGGUCCAGAGGUGUAAUAUUUAAAAACCAGUGGGAAAUGUUAUUUCCUGCCUCAGGCAAUCCACCGGACUCAAAAACGUUCGACAUUUCACUUUUACAUCUCUUGCUUCGUGAAAUUUGCCAUCUUACGGCGCCUUCAACCGGCUGGCACAACAUGCCUGCAGAUGAUAAUAGUCUCGGAGCAAACAUUACCCGCAUCAAAUGUUUCCGAAAUGAGCUGUGUCACAACGUCUCCACCGAAAUUCCAAACGCUAAAUUCGAGGACAAGUGGAACGAGAUAGCAUUGUCUUUAGAGGCAAUUAAGAUUUAUGUUCUGCAAAAGGGACACGUAGAGGAAAUGGAAGCGCUGAAAAAAGAUCCCAUUGAUCACGAUACAAAGCGACAUUUGGAGGAACUAGCUAAAGAAUGGAACAAAAUACAGGAACAAGAAAGGAUUCACUCGUCAAGUUUUAGCCCUCGCAGCUGUUUACCGGACAUAAUACCAGAAAAAAAUGUAUUUGGCCGUAACCAAGAAAUAGAGCGUGUCACGAAAAUGGCUGAGGGUGGAGACAUCCCUGUUGUCCUUGUUACUGGUGGACCUGGAUUUGGAAAGACGACUGUGGCUAAACGAGUGGCUCAUGAAUUAGAAAUUUCAGAGAAGAAAGGAACUGUACUAUUUUGUAGUUUACAAACGAAAUCAACUUUAAAUGAAGUGGCCAUAAGAAUGAUCAACAUAUGUGGUUCAGUCAGCACACAAGUACCAGAGAAUCCGGGGCAGUGGCUAAGAGACUGGAGGAAACACAUUCAAAGCCAGGUCACGUUCGUUCUUGAUAACGCAGAUGGCGUUCUUGACUCGGGCGAUAGAGAGUCAUUCCUGAGCCUUUUAUGUGACUUACGAAGUCUAUCGAGGCAAAAGGCAACAUUUGUUAUUACAACAAGGAAAACAUUUGAACAUUCCGACUUGCAGCCAAAAGAAGUCAGGUUGCACCCUUUGUCCACGGAACAGGCAAGAGAUCUCCUUGUUUCCCGAGUGCAAGUCUAUGAAGGUACUCCACAGAAACUUUCCAGGGUAGAUUACAUUGUUAGUGAUCUAUGUGGCUGUGUUCCUUUGGCACUUUGCAUUGUUGGUUCUCUUCUUUCAGAUUAUUCCGAAGAAACACUCAUAGCAAGCCUUGAAAAGGAACCAUUAGCUGUCCUAGAAGACGACCAGAGUUCUGUAGAAAAGGCCAUUAAGACUUCGUUUGACCUUUUGGAGAAACCCGAACAAGAGGCUUUCAUUCUCCUGUCUUUGUUCCAAGGUUCAUUUGAUAUUGAUGCAGUCCAAGCUGUGACGAAGGCCGAAUGUUCGAUCUCUGGGGCUUUGCCAAUCUCCAUCCUGCGCUCAUUAAAAAACAGAUCUCUUGUGGAGAAGCCCUAUGCCCGCCGAUAUCAGAUGCAUCCGCUCAUUCAGUCAUACGCAAAGAAGAUUGGUCGUGAUAGGUAUGACGAGCUUUUGGCAAUGGGCGAAAAACUGGCUUGUAUACACUUCAUGUUGCGCCUCGCGAAGAAUGCCAAUAUUUACUGGAGUAAGGACACAUGCAAGGAUUCCCUUGUUUCUUUUCAAGAAGACAAGAACAAUUUCGAAUAUUUUCUUCAAAUUUACGCCCGAGGCAGGGAAGAACAAGAUCAAGAGAUCGUGAACGGCUGUAAACUCUUUCUAGACAGUUUUCCGCAGAAGUGGAUGUAUUUAGAAAGAUGCCUUCUCCCACGAUCUUACACUGAGAUUCUUGAGAAGUUACUGAAAACUUUUGACUCUCGUAUCCAACCGGUGCACACUGUGGAUCUUUUGUGUCUUCUUGGACAUGAAUACAGGAAAAAAGGAAGAAUAGAAAGGUACAAGGAGGUUAUGGAUGAAGCGCAUCGAAUUCUCUCAGGGAAUACUGCUGCAUUCCAAACAAAACCGUUAUCUGAAGUCUACUUUCACAACAGUUAUGCUCGAUUCCUUUCGGAUAAAAAAGACUCAAAGGAAAACGCAAGGAGGGACAAAGAGACUGAAAUGGCUCUAAAGGUCUGCCAUGAGAGACUGGGAAAAAUGCACCCAGAGACAGCAGCAACUCUCUAUCUCUCAGGAAUCAUCGCAAAGCGCAAUAAAAAACCCGAGCAAUCUGAGCAACAGCUCAAGGAGGCUAAGUCAAUUUUUCAGAAUUGCCUCGGCACACACUUCAUGACUGCUGAAACUUUAAAGGCCAUCGCAGACCGCCUUUUUUUCUUGAAGGGAAGAACAAAAAUUACUCGAAAAUGUGCCUUGAGCAUUAUCAAGCAGUCGUGGAGAUGUUCGAGGAACUUGGAGCAGGCGGUAGCAAAGAAAUUGUUUUGACCCUAAAGAACUUUGGAAUGUGUCACAUGAAAAAGCACAAUUUUGAAGAAGCAAUGGUCUUACUAAGAAAGGCACAACAAGUUGCCGACCGAGAACUAGAAGAAAAUCACAAAUGGAAAGUCGGCAUAAAGACUGCGUUGGCUAUAUUGCA